AUGUUGCAAAAAGCAUUCGAGAACAUGCUUGAACGCUAUUUGAAGACUCGCUUUGAAGAACGCUGCAGUAUGACUGUCAUGCUUCGAAGAACGCUGCGAAUGGCUAUUCUCGCUUUGAAGAAUAACGUUGCAGAUGAUCAGCUUUGCAGAACGCUGCGAAGAUCAGCUUUGAGAACGCUGCGAACAUCGCUUCGUGAGAACGCUGCUGAAGACUAUUUCGGAGAACAUUGCAGAUCAACGCUUCGAGAACGCUGCGAGAUGACUAUUUCGAACUAUUUCGAGAAAGUUUCGGAGAAUGUUGCAGAUGAUCAGCUUAACGCUGAAGAUGAUCAAGCUUUGAAGAACAUUGCAACGCUGCAGAUGAUCAGCUUCGGAGAAUGUCAUGCAGAUGACCGCUUCGAGAACGCUGCGAUGAUCGCUUUGCAGAACGCUUCGAAUGACUGCUUCUGA